AAGAGUACUAUGUGUAUAUAAACAUUUUCAGUGGUGAUUAAUUUAUUUUUACUUGGUAAAAUAGAGUUUAGGGAAAAAUUGAAAUAAAAAUAAAGUAUUCACAUUUUCCUGUGGAUUAGUGUUAUGUGACUCGUAUAAAUUGAGCAAAAAAUAUUUCUUUUUAAUUUUUGCAUACUUUUUUUUAUUAUUUUAAAAUGAUAAAUGCACUAGAAGUUUAUACAAAUGUUACACUAUCUUUAAAAAAAUACGAAGAUCCAAGAACAUCAAAGUGGUUUCUAAUGUCAAGUCCACGUCCUACUGUAACUAUAUGUCUUUGCUAUGUUUUUCUCGUAAAGUUUUUAGGUCAAAAAGUUAUGGAAAAAAAGAAACCUUUCAGUCUUAGAAAAAUAUUGAUGGUUUAUAAUUUUUUCCAAGUAAUUUUUAGUGCUUGGCUAUUUUACGAAUUUUGUGCAAGUGGUUGGCUAACCGGAGAGUAUAGCUUUCGAUGUCAACCUAUUGAUAUUUCUCCCAGUCCAAGAACUAUGCGAAUGGUUAAUGUAACCUGGUGGUAUUUUUUUUCAAAAUUUACAGAAUUGGUUGAAACGAUUUUCUUUAUUCUGAGAAAGAAAUUUAACCAAGUAAAUGCACUACAUGUGUUUCACCACAGUAUUAUGCCUGUCUCUGCUUGGGUGGCCACCAAGUACUAUCCUAACGGACAUGGAACGUUUCCAGGAUUAUUAAAUACCUUUGUACAUGUGAUAAUGUAUUCUUAUUACUUCUUGAGCGCUUUUGGGCCAGAGGUGCAGAAGUAUUUAUGGUGGAAGAAGUAUUUAACAAGACUACAAAUGAUUCAAUUUGUUAUAGUAAUGUUCCACGCCUUGCAAUUACUUGUUGUUGACUGCAAUUUCCCAAGGAUCUUUAUUUGGUACAUGGGAUUGCUAGCUCUAAGCUUUUACACUUUAUUUAAAAAAUUUUAUGACAGAGAGUAUAAAUCAAAACAAAACGCUAAACGCAAAUAAAAAUUUACAUUUCUUUAUUAGA